AAUCGGAUCGGAUCGGAUCGGAGUUCUUAGGUUGAGUUGAGGAAGUGAGAAAGAUCUUUUUCAGUUUCAGUUAAAGUUAAACAGGCAACACACACACGCACGCACACACACACACACACACACUUCUGCAUCUUCUCAAACACUCCCACUCUCUCUUGCUCUCGCUCUCUCGCGCUCUCUCCGCUCUCGCGAUAUAUAUGUAUAUAUAUAUAACUGUGUAUUUAGUAUGAGCAGCUUUGUACAAUAUCGUGGUCGUUGUGAAAGUGAGAAUGUGUCAGUAAGCCUUUCAGUGGAAAUAAGGCGCAGCUGCGGCAAUAAGAUGAAGAAAGAAGAAUGGCCACCGGAGAGCCAACUAUUGGAUGGGCUAGGCUAUUUUCCGCAAGCGAUUUGUCGCCGUUUUCGCCCGAAAAGUUCGAGGCACAUCAUCUGAUGUUGAUGGUUUUUCCCAAACUUAGCGCUUAUUUUUACCGGCACACGGCGCAAUCUGUUUGCAUUUGGACUGGGUACGAACUUGUACGGUACAGCGAUAGAACAACAUAUCCGACGGAUAACGACGAACGGAAUGGUGGAUGGUGGAUGCGGAUGUGGAUGGAAAUUCGGUACGAGAAGAAAAAAAACCGCAAUUCGAUUAUAUCUUCUGCCUGGCGUUUGUUUUAA